AUGUCUAAGCGUACUUUGUCCUCUUCUAUCUCUUCUCGUCAAACUCGGGCCUCUACUGCGGCCAUUCUUCCCAACGUCGACCCCAAACUCCUUAUGCGUCAUACGAAAAGGAUGAGGAUCUCCUCUCAAGCUCCAGCCCCUUCUCAACCUCCAUUGGUUGAUGCUUCUCGUAGGGCUCUGGACACCAUUAAGGAUCGAUAUCAAUCCGGUCCUUCUCGCGCUCAACAAUCGCCUCCUCUCGAUGACGCGAUCAUCGAGCAAUUCCUCGACUUCGAAGGUGGGGCAGGGCCAUCUGCCACUGGUGAGAACCCAUCUCCCGCCAAGUCCGUCGAAUCCGAACACGGUACCAUCGUCGAGAAUCAAAAUUCUCCUGGUAAUAAGUCCCCUGUGCCACCUUCUGAACAUUUAGACGGGCUUGACGAUGUUCCCCCCGAACUCGAAAUCAUUUUUCGCGCUCCUCGCAAGGUUUCCGCUAAUGAAGAACUUGCCAAGGCUCUGGACGCUCGAAAAGACUCGGAAAUUGGUGAGAUCUCUAUAGAAUUCUCCACUCUCUGGGCCAAAAUGUCCUUUUCCUCUGUUAGUAUCGCUCUGAAGGACGAAGCCCUCGAUCGUUUUUGCGAGACUGGCGCCCUUAAUCUUACUGCUAAAUGGUUUAGGAAUGCUCUCAAUCGCUUGGCCCAAGGUUGGCGACUUCGCAACAAGAAUGGUGAUGUCGUCCGUCUCGAGGGUGAGCUCUGCUCGGAUUGCCAGCGUCGCCUCGAUGGUGGAGAAGAUUUUCGUGUCUGUUGUAUCGGCCCUCGGAACUUCAAAGUGUUCGGUGAAAACCAACAAUCCCAAGGCCAAAUUUUGCGAGGUAUCUAUCUUCUUUCUUCGAACUUGAUCGAUGUUGAUGUCAAGGGUGUCACCGUCGGGGUCCAGACUGUCACCUCCAAGGUUACUUUCGUCCUGGAGCAUGAACUCUGUGCUGUCUCGGCCCGUUAUCGAUCCCUUUCCUCCCAGGAUCAAUCCUCUUCCCUCACCCAACUCUCCGCUUACAUCCACCUCUUUUCCUCUCUCCUUCUUCCUCUUCCCCCAGUACAUCUGGGUCUCUACAAAUCUCUCCAUCUCAUUCCUUCCGACUACACCCCUCCCUCUCCUUCUGAAACCUUGGAUCAUCUCACCUCUGCUGCUGAUCCUACCGGAUUGACUUCUUCCCAACCAGUCGCCGGUCCCUCCUCUUCUCCCCAUACUCCUCUCCCCCGCAAUGUCAUUCGUAUUCCUGCUUCGGCCCGUCGUCCCCGAGCCACUUCUACCGCCUCCAACUUCUAG